AUGAAUAGUUUCCUGUAUAACACACCUACUAGCGUUAAUUUAAAGAAGGUUGCUCUCUCUUCAUGGACUGGAGAAGAAUUACGAACAUUCCUCACUCAGAAAUCACUUCUCCGAAUCCUCAACAACAUUUCUUCAUCGGCUCAACUCUCCAACAUGUUCUCUCCAGAAAAGACUCCCUCACUCUAUGAAAGCCUCAAGGACUUGAUUGCCUAUUGCUACUGUUCUCGAUCCAAAUUAUCAAUCAUGCAAAACCUCAACAAACUUUCAUCCUGUUGUGCACAAGCUCUCCUCACGCAACAACAAUCAAGAGGAGGUCCCAGCGGUUGUGAUAUGGAUGAUGAGUAUGACUCCUCCUCUCAGCACUCUCAGAUGAUAAUGUUCAACAAUAGUCACAACGAUAUUCGCACCACCAUUCAACAGGUUGCCGUUCAAAACUUGAUGAAAGCCUUCCCUGAAUUGUCUCAAAUGGAUGCUGUGGAAUUGGUGGCUGCUUGCACAGAUUUGCUCAUGCAAUGUCCUUUGGACAUUUCACAGAUCCACUAA